GAUGACUGUUUAGCUUCUUCUGAAGGUGUUUAGCCUCUGAAUACCAAAGUUCAAGUCCACUGCUUCAUUUUCUACCUUUGUGCUUAGUUAAUUUUCAGACAAAGCAGGUGUCCAUGAAGCUUCUGAAGCUGUUCUGCGUAGGACCGUUGUUGUGCCCUGUGGUUUGUCUCUUGUUAGAGACAGCUACUCCUCCUUCAGCUUUACUUACCUUUGAAGUGAAAGAAAAAGCAGGAUUGAAAUCAGGUGCAGUGAGUGUAUUUGCUAUUAGGAUGAAUGCUCCUGACUUCGAAAGACAAAAGACUCAAGUCUCAGGACUCCAGAGGUCUCGGAUAAGCAAGUUAAAAAAUCAUCUGUCAGAUUUCUUCAAGAGCUCCAUACCUCUAGCAGCCAUUUUUGUUUUUUUUGUCACCGUAGCACUGAUGGGGAUCCUCUGCUGCCUCACCUUUUUUGUAGGUGAACCAAUCCACUGAAGAACUGAAAGACUUAGUGGGAAAAGUAUGGUAUCUGACUCAAUGGAUUCCAAGAGCUGGAGAAUGUGCUAUGUGCUUAAAGUGAGAUUAAAUUAUUUUU